CCCGCCAGCGCCGUUCUCAGAUCAGUGCGUGAGACGUCUUGAUGCCUUAUCUUUGAUACGAUCAGUACGCGAUAAUCCCGUCACCUUUAUUCAGCCGGAAUAGCUCAUCAGAGAGAAACAAUAGGACGCGACCGUGAGUUCAUCAGCGCUAAUGGGUUCACAGGCCGGGUCUCGUCCGUGGUUUUGUCUCGCAGGUAUCUCCAGGUGAUAGGUUUUGAGCCCCGCCCCCUCUCUCAGGACAGGUAUAUGUGUACACGCGCCGGCUGACGGGCAGCAGACUGCUGGAGAUUACCGGAAUCGAGCUUUGGGAACCGUACACACACUCUCAUUUGCAGUUUGGGGCGCAAGGCAGUGGAAAGUUGCUGACUUGAAGGGACCAUGGGAAACGAGCAUUCGACUCAGAAGAAACGUCAGAAGGCAAAUGCUGACAAAAAAGUCCAAAAUGGAGAGCUGAACGGACAUGCAGUACCAGCUCCAGAUGAGACGGAACCUGAGACAAGUAAAACAGAAGCUGUGGAGCAAAAGAGUGAAACUCCACCGGCGCCUGUCACGGAUGAACCAAAACCAGCAGAAAAAGAGGAAGUAGACGGCAGUAAAGCCGACGGACCCGCGUGUGUGGAAACGACCCCUGAAGAAAAACCGACGGCCGCAGCCAAGGAUGCAGAGCCGCCCAAAAAAGCCCCAAAGCCCAGCGGGGAAGAGGUGUCCAACUUCCUUGGUAAAAUGUUCAAAAAGAAGAGCGAACCCGUGAAACCUGCAGCGGAAAACACCGAUUCGGUCGACGCGCCGGCCAAAGCAGUGGAUCUGAAAACAGACGUGCAGCCCGAUAAACUCUUCAUUAAUGCAGACCAAAGGGAGAUCCUUGAGCAAGUCGCAGAGAAGAUCAAAUUGCAGUUGGUUGACACCAUUCCGCAACCCGUGAGUUCAAGUUUAUUGACAAAGAGGUCCUCAAAAACAGAUGAGAUCUUCCAAGAACCAGUUACUGUUGCAGAAGAACCAGUAACCGAAGAGCCAGAUACAAGAAAAGUCAGCGAGAUGCAUAUAGGACAUCUGAAGUCUGAAGAAGUGCCAGUUGAUGCUAAAGUUGCAGAAGAUGAAGAAGCUAAGACUGAGGAUGCUGAAACGGCUUUAGAACAAGACAAAGAACUAAUACAACUUGUUGAAAGCAUAAUAUCAGAUGAAAAAGAACAAGCAUGUGAGAGCGAGCCAAAUGGAACCAAACAACUGAUUGAAGAACCGAAGAAAGUUGAGGCUGAUAUUGUGUCUUCAGAUGUAAAGUUAGCAGUUGAUACCAUCGAGGUCUUAUCUCAUGUUGCUGGUGCUGAAGAGCAAUUGGUAGAUGCUGAAGAAAUUGCAGAUAUUGUUGAGGAAACCUUGGAGGUCACUCAGGAACAAGAAAGCCUUGAAGAGCCGGAAGAACUUCUGAGGAACAAAUUCAAGGAGGUGUUGCCGGUUGCAGAAGAGCCAUUAACGACAUCUGUGAAACCAGCACUAAUUGCAGAGGAACUAAUCGCUCCUGCUGCCUGCGAGAUCAUCCGAGCAACUAAUGCAUCGCUGGCCGUAGAUGAGGAAAGCUGGGAGAUCAUCGAGGAACCAGAGAACAUCUCCAGGCGUUUAGAAGAAGCCACGCUCCCGGAAAGUAAAUGUAAUUCAGCAGAUUCUUCCCAGCUGCUUUCUCAGCUGAGGUCUGCGUGCAUUAAGGUUUUAGAAGAUGCUUCGUAUAAGGAGUUCAGUGUCGAUGUGUGUGCUGAGAGAAGCACUGUUCACAUCAAGAUCGAGCUCUAUCCGGAUGAGCUCACAGGUCUGAAUAAAGUCUGUCACAACACAGACGAUCGCUCGAAGAGAAAGUCGCGGCAUGGACGAACUCAGCGCAUGCCAUUCAUUCAAGAUGCAAAUGUACUACCUCCUUUCCUCAAGAUGCUUGUCAUCAAUCAACAAAAAAAAUAACCUCAAUUACCAGAUUUGUUCUUGAAGAUGACAUCAAAACAUACCUCAUUCGAAAAAACCCAUAAAGUUGUUGGGUUUUUUUCCCCUCUAUUUACUGUGUACUACCAGUCAAAGGUUUGAUAUAAUAAUAUUUAUGUUUUUUAAGUCUCAAACAGUAAUAUUGUGUGAUACAUUAAUGCAGGUUAAAAUAACGGAUUUGUGU